CUCCUGGACUGAAGGAGUCCUUUUGCUUCAGCCUCCUGAGUCUCAGGCACGAUAGGCAAGAGCCGCUGUGCCUGGCUUAUGUGCUAAUGUUAUGGUGAGGAUGUUAGGAUUGUUACUAUUUUUGUAAGUUAUGUGACUUUGAGAAUUCUUCCCUAAACCUUAGUUUUCAUAAGCUCUCUCAUGUUAAGCACUCACAUUUGCAAAAUGGGAUACUUUUCAGGAACAGAUAUAUGAUAUUAUAGCAGAAAGUCUUGCUUUUAAUAGUUUGUGGCUUGUAGUUUUCUUUUCUUUUUAAUGACUUUUUAGUGAAUGGAAAUUCUUAAUUUUACUAAGCUGAUUUUAUUGAUCUUUUAUGCUUUCUGUGUCUCUAGUAAGAAAUCUUUUCCUCUUCCACAUGGAUAGCAAAAACGUAUUCUCCAUUCCUGUUCUCCAACAGCUGUGUAGUUUUGCCUUUCACAUGUAAGUCCUUAGUUCAACUGGAAUUGAUUUUCAGGUAGAGCGUGUGGCAGAAGACUAAUUUCUUUUUUCUCCAUAUGGAUAAACCAGUUGUCCCAGAACCAUUGAUCAGAAAGUCUAUUCUCUCCCCACUGAUGUGUGGAGCCAGUUCUAACCAUUAAUCAGGUUUGUCUAUUUAUUUGACUUCUCUAUUUCAUUUCAUUACUUUGUCUAUUCUCUUUAUCAAUACUUUAAAGUUGUUUAUGUAUGACUGCUUUUGUCAUCUGUAUGGCAGGGUUCCUAGUUUGUUGGUGUUCUUUAAGAGUGUUUUGGCUCUCCUUGGAACACUUUACUUCCAUGUAAUUUUUAGAAUUAGGUUAUCUAGUUCUGCAAAGCAAUUAUGUUGGGAUUUGGACUGGAAUGGGGUUGACUAGAUCAUUUUAAGGAAAAUGUACGUCUUUAUAAUACUGAGUUCUCUAAUCCAUGAACAUGGUAUGUAUUUCCUCUGUUUACAUUUUAUGUAUUUUUAUAAAGGAUUGUAGUUUUCUGUGUGAUAAUUUUCUACCUUGUAUAAGAUUUAUUCUUAUAUAUUGUGUGUGUUUUGAAGCUUAUGUAAAUGGUAUCUUUUAAAUUUUAUAUUUUUCUAAGUGCUGUUAGCAUGAAUAUUUUUGUAUAAAUAGUGAGGCUUAAAGGAAAUUUUGCCCUAAGGUAUGCCCUAUUUACUACCCAUGGUUAUCAGGGAUGCUUUGGCAUGAGGAUGGUGGCUUGGCAAUUUUAGCUGUUCCCUCUCUCCCCAUGCCCAACAUAAAUGACAUGCAUUUUUAAUUUCAGCCAGUGUAGUAACACACUUACUGAUAAUCUAGAAAUUGCUAGCAUUGCACAGAACAUCCUGGAGCAGGGACAAUGUUUUCUCUCUUCUUCUUUGUCAUUUGUCAUAUCAUUUUCUCUUUUCUUCCUUUUUUUUUCCUUUUCUUGGCUUCAUCUUCUGUAUCACUUUUUUUGUUCUCCUGUUAGUUGCUAUUUAUGGCAUAUAUUAUAUUUGUAGAUGAUUAUUAUUAAUUCUUUUAAAGCAUCCUUGAUUUGAUGAAUUAUAGAUAUGAUCUGAUAAAUCAUAUCCUACUCUUAUAAUACCUGCUUCUUCUGGAAACUCUACAGCGGGGGUUAGUGAACUUUUUCUGUAAAAGGCCAGAGAGUAAAUAUUUUGGGCUUUGUGGGCCAUCUGGUUCCUGUUGCUGCUACUCAGUUCACUGUUGUGGCACGAGAGCAGCCGUGAGCAAUACAUAAAUGAAUGACGUGGCUGUGAUCCAAUAAACUUUAUUUACGGACACAAAAAUUUGAAUUUCAUAUAUAAUUUUCAUAUGUCAUGAAAUAUUGACUUUUCCAACCAUUUAAAAAUGUGAAAAACACUCUUGGCUUCUGAGCCUUGCAAACACAGGCAAGUGGGAGGUGGGAUUUGGCCCGAAAGCCACGCGCAGUUCACUGAAGCCUGCCGGAGAGCACCCUGUGUGUGCCUCUAACUGAAGACUGACUCCACGCACUUGUCAUUGACUGGUUCAUGGUUAAUGGCUUCCUUUUUGGCCCCUAUGGACAUAAAUUGAAUCUUUGCAACAUUAAGGUACAGGUAUGGCUUAAUGAUAGGCUGCCUUUCUAAGUCAGUUGGAAAAUGAGUCCAUUUUAAGUUGAUCAGAAAUACUUAGAGUUUAGUAAAUAAAUGAGCUAUAUCAAAUAUAUGUAACACUGAAGGCUAAUUUCUUUCAAACUCUGCUUUGAAUCAUGUUCCAGUAAUUGGGGCAACCCGUAGAGAUGGUUUUGUUUCACUUCCCCACACUGUUCCUGCUGUGUUCUGAAUGAGGAAGGACGGAUUUGGAAAGGUUGAGUGAUUUCAGUGGAGUCACAAAACGUGUAGAAAUUGGAACAUAACCCGUUCAAUCCAGUGCCAUGUCUACUUUUAUCGCAUUGCCUCUCCUGUAUUCUUAUAGAAAAUUGGAGUCUUCCGUAAGGGUGGACCUUUGCUCAGUGAACGGUGCAGUAUUGAUAAGGCUGCCCCAGACUGCCAGUUAGAUAUCUAGUUUUCCCGUUGAUUUCAUUCUGUUUGGAUGAUCUUCCUUCCUGACUAGAUAGGAAUCAAUUUUCCUGUUUCCUUGCAUCAUGCCUACCAUAAUGGUGCACCUUGGGAAUAUUUAUUUCCUUGUUCAAUGCUUAUUGAAUACUAUGUAAGUCAGAGACACCUUGCUAGGGGGCUGGAGGUGGGCCCAAUAAAAUAUCCUUGUUUCUCACAGGGGUUUAUAAUAUAAUGGAGGACCCACAGGUACUUACUUAAUAACAGGAUGCAGGAACUUGGGGAGACACUGCUGAGUUACUGUUCAUGUAUGGAAAUAGCUGCCAUAAAAGAACCUAAAUACCAUUUGUAGAAUAUAGCACACUGGCUUCAGUGCUGAUAGCCUGUCAUUUAAUCAUCAUGCCAAGUACUUUGCACGUGGAGAGAAGACGAUUGCAGGUGACGUUGCCUCUCUCAUUGUAGAUUGAUUCUUGAAGGUGUAUUUUCGAGAUGCAGUAAUUACCUGAGUAAGUAGCAUGGGUAGAAAUUUUUGCAAUGCAGUUUUUUUUCACAGUUUUGCUAAAUGAACUUCCAGUUUAAUACUUUACUAAUGAACACAGGCACUCUUUCUGUGGAAGGAGAGGGACUCUGAGCUAGGAGCUGAUGCUCCUGUUGUCACUCCUGAAAAGAAAAGGGAGGAAGAUACCUCUGUUGGUCUCCUGCCAUGCUUUUUCUGGAGCCUCUCCUCCUGGGGGUGCAAGUGACCUAUUUCUUCUCACAUAAUUAGGAGGUGACUGACAUGGAGAGCUGCCUCCUUUAGGCAAAGGGUGGGACCUGUCUUAUUCCCAAAUGUAGAUUUAGUAGUACUUUGGUACCCAGUGGUGUUUGUCCCUCUUCUCUGUGCAGACAAGAGAUUUCCUUUUCCUUUCCUGAAUUUGUUUUUGACAUGAAUCUUUGGGGUUAGAAUUUCUGUCUCUGAUGGAUGGCAUCGAUAGGCUAUUUAGGCAUAGUUAAAUCAUAUUCAGUAUAUUUCAUAUCUGUAAAGUCUAAGGGCCUGGCCAACCAUCCCUCACUGAGCUAUCGCUGUUACUCAGAUGACUUUGGGAGUUCUGACACUGAUUUGUUAAAGAUCCCUUGGAACAUAACCCGUUUGUUAAGUUAGGGACUCCUUGUAACCAUAAUGAGAAAAGCAAGCCCCUUAGUACGUGUAUUAGUCCAUUUUCACUCUGCUAUGAAGAAAUACCCAAGACUGGCUAAGUUAUUAAAAAAAAAUAAAGAGGUUUAAUGGACUCACAGUUCCACAUGGCUGGGGAGGCCUCACAAUCAUGGCGGAAGACAAAGGGGAACAAAGGUAUGUCUUACACGGUGACAGGCAAGACAGCGUGUGCAGGGGAACUCCCCUUUAUGAAACCAUCAGAUCUGGUGAGACUUAAUCCCUAUCACAAGAACAGCAUGGGAAAGACCCACUACCGUGAUUCAGUUACCUCCCACUGGGCCCCUCCCAAGACACAAGGGAAUUGUGGGAGCUGCAGUUCAAGAUGAGAUUUGGGUGGGGACAACAGCAAACCAUGUCAGCGAGUGAUUUGCUCGGGUUCAUUCUGCUUCGCGGCUCCCUGUGCUGAAGUACCGUCUCCAUGGCCCACCUCGCCCAUACAGAGAAUAGUUCAUUAAUUGUGGGCUCCUGCCUUUCGGCCGGCAUCUUCUCUCAGGCCUCGCAGGAUCCAUAGUGACAUACAGGAAGGGAAAUGAGAGAAAAGAAAAAUGAAAUAAUUUUUGAUUUUCUCCACUCCCAUGUAACCUAACUUUUUAUGUGGUCAAGCAAUAUAAGUUCCUAUCCAGCAUAAAUAUGUGUGACUACGUUUAUAUCCCUGCUUACAAAAUCAUUCUAAAAUGGCAAUGAAAUAUUGCUUCUCCCUUUUUCUUCCUGCAGAAAAUAUUCUAAAGAAAUAAGAAUUUUGAUGAGGAGUGGUUAUUGAGAGGGGCAUUUCGGACCGGUUUUAAAUCUCAGUAGUUUAUUGUGUUGGGGUUAUUGAAAUACUGGAUAUACUGACAAAAAUCACCAAGAGCUUAUGAUUAUUUGCAAUCAAAGAGAAGUAUACAGACUGGACAGAAUUUCUCAUACGUGACUUGACCGGUUCAAGGACAGCACCCGCCAACCUCCUGGAAGGUGUAUGUAUUGUUGUUAUACAUCUAAUGUAUCUCUGAAGCACCCCAGUUACGUGAGCUCAGACCUGACAGCACCUUUGCAUGAUUCCCAGAGCCCUUUUCAGUACUGGAUAGUUAGUGUGAUUGAAAAUGUUGGAGGAAGAUUACGCCUUCGCUAUGUGGGAUUGGAGGACACUGAAUCCUAUGACCAGUGGUUGUUUUACUUGGAUUACAGACUUCGACCAGUUGGUUGGUGUCAAGAGAAUAAAUACAGAAUGGACCCACCUUCAGAAAUCUAUCCUUUGAAGAUGGCCUGUGAAUGGAAAUGUACUCUGGAAAAAUCCCUUAUUGAUGCUGCCAAAUUUCCUCUUCCAAUGGAAGUAUUUAAGGAUCACGCAGAUUUGCGAAGCCAUUUCUUCACAGUUGGGAUGAAGCUUGAGACAGUGAAUAUGAGCGAGCCCUUUGACAUCUCUCCUGCGUCAGUGACUAAGGUUUUUAACAAUCAUUUUUUUCAAGUGACUAUUGACGACCUAAGACCUGAACCAAGUAAACUCUCAGUGCUGUGCCAUGCAGAUUCUUUGGGGAUUUUGCCAGUACAAUGGUGCCUUAAAAAUGGAGUCAGCCUCACUCCUCCCAAAGGUUACUCUGGCCAGGACUUCGACUGGGCAGAUUAUCACAAGCAGCAUGGGGCGCAGGAAGCUCCUCCCUUCUGCUUCAGAAAUACAUCGUUCAGUCGAGGUUUCACAAAGAACAUGAAACUUGAAGCUGUGAACCCCAGGAAUCCAGGAGAACUGUGUGUGGCCUCCGUUGUGAGUGUGAAGGGGCGGCUGAUGUGGCUUCACCUGGAAGGGCUGCAGACUCCCAUUCCAGAGGUCAUUGUUGACGUGGAAUCCAUGGACAUCUUCCCAGUGGGCUGGUGUGAAGCCAAUUCUUACCCUUUGACUACACCACACAAAACAGUCUCACAAAAGAAGAGAAAGAUUGCAGUCGUGCAACCAGAGAAACAAUUGCCGCCCACAGUGCCUGUUAAGAAAAUACCUCAUGACCUUUGUUUAUUCCCUCACCUGGACGCCACAGGAACCGUCAACGGGAAAUACUGCUGUCCUCAGCUCUUCAUCAACCACAGGUGUUUCUCAGGCCCUUACCUGAACAAAGGAAGGAUCGCAGAGCUACCUCAGUCGGUGGGACCGGGCAAAUGCGUGCUGGUUCUUAAAGAGGUUCUCAGCAUGAUAAUCAACGCGGCCUACAAGCCUGGAAGGGUAUUAAGAGAAUUACAGCUGGUAGAAGAUCCCCACUGGAAUUUCCAGGAGGAGACAUUGAAGGCCAAAUACAGAGGCAAAACGUACAGGGCUGUGGUCAAAAUCGUACGGACAUCUGACCAAGUUGCAAAUUUCUGCCGCCGAGUCUGUGCAAAGCUAGAGUGCUGUCCAAAUUUGUUUAGUCCUGUGCUGGUAUCUGAAAACUGCCCAGAGAACUGCUCCAUUCAUACCAAAACCAAAUACACCUAUUACUAUGGAAAGAGAAAGAAGAUCUCCAAGCCCCCCAUCGGGGAAAGCAACCCCGACAGCGGACACCCCAAACCCACCAGGCGGAGGAAGCGACGGAAAUCCAUUUUCGUGCAGAAGAAACGGAGGUCUUCUGCCGUGGACCUCACCGCGGGCUCGGGGGAGGAAAGUGAAGAGGAGGACGCCGAAGCCAUGGACGAUGACACCGCCAGUGAGGAGACAGGCUCCGAGCUCCGGGAUGACCAGACGGACACCUCGUCGGCGGAGGUGCCCUCGGCCCGGCCCCGGAGGGCCGUCACCCUGCGGAGCGGCUCAGAGCCCGCACGCCGGCCGCCCGCAGAGAGGACACGAAGGGGCCGCAGGGCGCCGGCCGUCUCCUCAGCAGAGGAAGGGGAGAAGUGCCCGCCGGCCAAGCCCGAGGGGACAGAGGACACGAAACAAGAGGAGGAGGAGAGGCUGGUUCUGGAGAGCAACCCGUUGGAGUGGACGGUCACCGACGUGGUGAGGUUCAUUAAGCUGACAGACUGUGCCCCCUUGGCCAAGAUAUUUCAGGAGCAGGACAUUGACGGCCAAGCACUCCUGCUUCUGACCCUUCCGACGGUGCAGGAGUGCAUGGAGCUGAAGCUGGGGCCCGCCAUCAAGUUAUGCCACCAGAUCGAGAGAGUCAAAGUGGCUUUCUACGCCCAGUACGCCAACUGAGUCGGCCCUCGGGAGGUGGCCCGUGAUGUGGGAUGCAGUGUUGGUAAAGGUUUCCAGGACUGAAACUUUGAUUUUCCAGGAUAUGUUAAAUGGUACAGACACUAAGUAUCACCAGAAAACCAGAAGCCCAGGAUCUCCUGCCUCUGCUGGCGUGUGAGCUGUUUCUGUGUUUGCAAAGCGCAGCGAAGCACAGCAGCAGUGGCUUCUGGGGAGUGCCAGUUAAAGUCACGCGUCAGACCCUGCCGGACGUGGGCCAGCUUCUUGGUUCGCCCACAUUUUGCCUUUCUCCCGCCCCAAACCGGCAGCUCCCUUGGAGCAGGGUUUCCUAAAGUGAGGCCUGCAUUCUUUGUAAAAGAAGAAUGUCGCCAAGGAAGAAACCUCACCCCGUGCUGUCGUGUUUCCUGUAAUCACACGGGCACAUUUAUACAUGCAGUUUCCUGUGGAUAGGCGUGUGACCCUGGUUGAGUGGCACCUGCGGUUUCAUCUUGGUGGCAGCUCCUUUCUGCCGUGCAGCUGGCAGCGACGUCCUUAUAAAAAGAUAUGCUAAAGCUCUGUCCUCUGUUCGAGGUGCCUUUUAGGAAUACGGGGAGUGAAGGAAGGCCUGCAGGCAUCUCCGUGCAACUGGAUGGUUGGUUGGUUGGUUUUGUUGUGUUUUCUGAGACACAGAGUCGCUCUGUCACCCAGGCUGGAAUGCAGUGGCACGAUCUCAGCUUACUGCAACCUCUGUCUCCCGGGUUCAAGUGAUUCUCCUGCCUCAGCCUCCCAAGUAGCUGGGAUUGCAGGUGCCCACCACCAUGCCCAGCUAAUUUUUAUAUUUUUAGUAGAGACAGGGUUUCACCAUGUUGGUCAGGCUGGUCUUGAACUCCCGAUCUCAAAUGAUCUGCCCGCCUUGGCCUCCCAACAUGCUGGGAUUGCAGGUGUGAGCCACCACGCCCCGGCCCAACUGGAUGGUUUUUGAUUGAAGUCUAGGAUAUCUGUAGAGACACACUCUACCCAGUCUUUUCUAGACCUCAACUAUCUCCAGUGUUGUAGUUUAAUUGUAGCUGGAUCAGGGAGUGAGACUUUUAGGCAAAUGUUGGAUUAUAUAUCAAAGGAAAAGCUUAGUUUCAGAGAGCAGGAAGGUAAAGAGAUGUGGGGGAAGCGUUUCAUGAACCAGCUACAUCCGCUUAGAAGUAUCACUGCAGCAGGUCACUAAGCAGGAGUCCCUCUGAGGGUCCCUUCUGUCUCGUUCUACCCCAGCUGGCUGCAUAUGCACCAGGGACAGUGCAGCAUGAGCCCUGAAUCUGGAGGCAGCCACUUGGCACCCUGGUUUUGCUGAGAACUAACUCUAAGAUCUUGGGUGACUUCUUAUCACUCUGGACCUCAGUUCCUGUGAAGCGACAGGUGUGGACACUGAGGGUGCAGUGGUGAGCACACUAUCUCCUGCUGGCGUUCAUCCCGCUCAUGCUGGAAAGAAAGAUCCAGAUUGGCCAAAAAUGAGAAAAA